CGGCCGAGUGAGCCCCGCCGUUAUGUCACAGCCAGCCCCUGUGAAAAAGAAGCGUCCUCCAGUGAAGGAAGAAGACCUCAAAGGAGCUAGAGGAAACCUUUCCAAAAACCAGGAAAUUAAAUCCAAAACCUACCAAGUGAUGAAGCAGUGCGAACAAAUGGGCUCUGCAGCACCCUCCAUAUUCAGCCGGGAUCGGACAGGGGGUGAAACGGUCUUUGAGAAACCGAAAGAGCCGGCCAAGAGCGUCUUCGGCUGAUGGCGGAGCUGGAUGUGUCUCACCUAGAUGAUUGUUGCAAACUUUUCCCAAAUUUCUGCCGCUUACACUAAAGUCACUG